CAAAGUUCAAUCAUGGCGAUCGACACAGAAGCCAACUUUCCUCGGGAGCAGAAUAUAGUCCAACCAACAAAAUCGUGGAAAGGUUACAUCUGGGACACCUGGGAGUUACCGAGCGACGAGCGAUGGCUCUUAUUCAAGCUUGAUGCAUUUGUACUUACAUUUGCCUCCAUCGGUUAUUUUCUCAAAUACCUAGACCUUCAAAAUGUCACAAAUGCAUAUCUUAGUGGCAUGGAGGAGGACCUGGAGAUGUACGGCAAUCAGCUAGUGACAAGUACUUCGAUCUUCACUGUCGGCUAUGUAAUUGGACAAAUUCCUUGCAAUCUACUGCUCACUCGAGUCUCGCCUCGCUGGGUCAUUCCUUCGCUCGAAGUUGGCUGGGGAAUCGCCACGAUGUGUAUGUCAAGUGUUAAGACUUACAAAGCUCUCUACGGUCUUCGGUUUCUCGUUGGAAUUUUCGAAUCGGGAUUCUACCCCGGUAUUCACUAUCUCCUCGGAUCUUGGUACACACCCCGUGAAAUCGGCAAGCGAGCAAUGAUAUUCUGGCUCGCGGGCUCAAUCGGCACGAUCUUCAGUGGCUUUCUUCAGGCCGCGGCCUACACAAACUUGGACGGGGUGGAAGGUCGAGCAGGAUGGCGAUGGCUUUUUAUUAUUGAUGGUAUCAUCACGUUGCCGCUCGCCCUUGCUGGCUUUCUCUUUUUCCCGAACUUGCCACAAAGCGGCAAGAAGACGUGGUGGACUUCCGAGGAAGAACAUAAUCUUUCGGUGAGGCGUAUGAAGGCAAUUGGUCGCGCUGGUAAACAACCUUGGACCAUGGCCAAGGUGAAGAGGAUUCUAUCCAGCUGGCACACAUAUCUUCUUCCCUUGUGUUAUAUUGUCUGGAACAAUGGAAUUGCCCAACUUGGUAUGGGAUACUGGCUCAAGAGUUUCAAUGCAACACCUGCUCCAGUCCCGGGCACAUCUUAUUCAGUCGCUCAGAUUGACAACUUGCCUUUGAUCACAACCGCUAUUUUCAUCGUGGUGGCCUUUAUCUGGGGCUUUCUGUCCGAUGGACCUUGCAAAGGUCUACGCUGGCCCUUUAUUUACGCUGGUGCUAUCAUUACGCUCAUAUUUGAUGUGCUUUUGCGACAGAUGCCUCUUUAUACAAACAUACCCGGUCGCACGGUCGUUUACUGGCUCAGUUUCAUUGGGAAUGGUGCCGGUCCGCUGAUUCUCAGUUGGAUCAAUGAAAUCUGCUCAGCCGAUACCGAAAAGAGAGCCUUGAUCAUUGCAUUGGCCAACGACCUUGCGUAUGUUGUACAGGCGGUGGCUCCCAACUUUGUAUGGAAAACCACAGCCUUCCCUGCUGCGAAAGAGGGAUACCUUUGGUCAAUCAUAUUACAGAUCUUAUUGAUUAUUGUCACUGCUUCUAUUCAGUUUUUACUUUGGUGGGACAAGAAGAAAGAGGCAAAUACGGAAAUUGAAGGGUUUGGUCCUGAAUCGUCGGGACAUUCUUCCAUUGACAGCUCGUCUAUUGAUGGCAGCAAGGUUUCUGGUGCCAAAAUUACACCCGUCGGGCCAGAGUAG